GUGUUAAUUACAAUUUUGCAGUAACUAUUUUGUUAUAUUCAUUUUAAUGAAUUAUAAUAAAUAUUAUGGUAAAAAUAAUACGCAAAGUUUACCAUCUGCCAAUAAACAGACCCCGUAUUUCCGUUCCAAAAAAGUGAUAUUUGUAGGUUAUUGAUAACCUAACCCCUAACCUAACCCUAAAUGUUUUGACUGUUUUGACAGGUAGUGCAGAGUUUAAAUUUAAAAAGUAAAUUAGUGUAAAAGAUUAUUUGAGUUAUUAAGAAAAAUGUCAGCUUUCGGCAUAAAAUCUGUGUCCUUAAUGAACUCUCUAAAGAAAAUGUCUGUACCAUCUCAAAUAUACAAAAGAUUUAACAGUUCUGUGGUAUCAAAAUUGGUUUAUUCUGAGUAUGGGGAUCCAAUGAAAGUAGUUCACAAGGAAAACGAGGAGCUGCCCCAGCCCAAAGAAAAUGAAGUUUUGGUGAAAAUGCUCGCUGCCCCAGUCAAUCCGGCUGAUGUAAACACAAUACAAGGCAAAUACCCAUCCAAACCACCUUUGCCCGCAGUACCUGGAAAUGAAGGAGUUGGGAAGGUGAUAAAGAUAGGCCCGGGAGUUUUGGAUUUUGAAGAAGGAGAUCACGUGGUACCUUUAACGAGCAACUUGGGAACGUGGCGGACUCACUUAACUCUAUCUGAAGAAAAUCUAUUAAAGGUACCUAAAAAAUUAGGCUUAGUAGAAGCAGCUACACUAACCGUUAAUCCGUGCACAGCAUACAGAAUGUUAAAAGACUUCACAAAUUUAAAACCUGGUGACACAGUGAUUCAAAACGGAGCUAAUUCUGCUUGCGGUCAAAAUGUUAUCCAGAUAUGCCGUUCUUGGGGUGUAAGAACUGUGAAUAUAGUAAGGGGUAGACCAGAGAUUGAGGAACUGAGACAGUUUUUGAAACAGCUGGGGGCCACUUAUGUUCUCACCGAAGAAGAGAUACGAUCGACAGAAAUUUUCAAAACUGGUAAAUUGGAGAAGCCAAAGCUAGCUUUGAAUUGUGUGGGGGGUAAAAGCGCAUUAGAAAUCAUGAGGCUUUUACAAAACGGCAGUCCCAUUGUUACAUACGGGGGCAUGUCUAGAGAACCCGUUACAGUGCCCACGUCUGCACUAAUUUUUAAAGACAUUCAAGUUAGAGGGUUCUGGAUGACGCGGUGGUCUAAGGAAAAAGCAAACAGUGUCGAACGACUUGAAAUGUUUGAGGAGCUAAUUUCUAUGAUGACUAGCAACGACUUACAAGGCCCAGCUUAUAAGAUGGUCGAAUUUGAAAAUUAUAAAGAAGCUUUGAUGAACACGAUGACCAUUAAAGGCAUGAUAGGGAAGAAAUUUAUAUUGGACUUUGGAAAAUAAGUGUCGAUAUUAAUUUUUCCUUUUGAUAAAGUAGGGUAGUACAAAUGUUUUUAUUUCUAAACAUCCAAAGCAUUUAUGUCACUGUAGUCCUUAAAAUAUUUUUUAUGUUUCAAAUUAAAGAAAUAUAACUGUUCAUUGAAAAUAUUUAUCUUCUCUUAUGUGUUGUGAAAUACUUUAG